UUGCUGUUGGUUGGCAAAUCUUUAAAAUACUUCAGAAUGCCUGUGACCCAGAUAAGACAUCAAAACAUUCAAAAAUAACGAAUGUGUUACGUUUAGUAGCUAUUUUCUUGUACGCAUCAACUCUGGUAUAUAGACAAAAUACGAUAUUGGCAACUAUGGGGUUAGUUGUUGAAGCGCAUACCGCAUUUUUCAAAAUGGAUAAACUUUGGAGAAUUCUAAAAGUGCCUGAACCAAGUACACUGUAUUUCAAGUCUAGCCUGGUUACCAGUCUCUCUGCUGUGUUGUUACGUGCUAUUUUCCCAUUGGUUACACUAAUUGUGACGUCGCGAUUUCAUUUAAAUGAAAUUCUAUUUAUGGAUUAUCUUCCGCUCGCUGUAUUUUUCCUUUCCCUCGUGUUCUACACCGCAGCGAACACUUGGUUUAUCAAAGUUUCAUUGGAAGUUUCACACAGAUCAUAUUUGAGCAAAGUGAGAAUAAAAAAGAACAGACUGUUAUACAAUGUGACUCCUACCAUUCCUAAUUAUAUUCAUAAUAAUUUAUGGACAGGAAAGGGACGAGCUUGUAUAGUCAAUAUGAACGUGGAUCCUCCAAUGGACUCUCACGACAUUUAG